GUUCUCCUUCAAAUCUGUGCGUCCAUCUCAGCGCUUCUCCUCCAAUCGCCAGGCACAGCGGCUGACCUGGAGGCCAGGCUGGCAGCUGCCACGUCAGCAGCGGAAGGCGGAGGGGGAGGAGGAGGGGAAGGGGGCGCGGGGAACGUGUGGGGGAUGAUGGGAGGAGUGGUGGAGCUACUGGGGGCGGUGGGGGACGAGUGCACGGAUGAGCAACGGUGGUCCGUGGGGGUGGUGACUCUGCAACGCAAGCACGUGUUUUCAAUGGAGGUGAGUGAGUGGGGAGAGAAGUGGGGGGUUGGAGGGGGAGGGGGGACUAUGUGGGAUGAUAUGGGGAACGUGGGUGUGGUGAUGACUCUGGCUCAAAACCGGUCUCGCCUCUUCUUUCUUUUCCAUGCCCCACAUGCUCUGGAGUUGCCCAUUUCCCCGCCCACUGCUCUUCCCCCCUCAUGGCGUGCAGCUCCUUUCCCACAGCAAAUUCAGCCCCCAAGACGUCUCAAAAACGCUCUUUCAUCACCUCCCCUUCUUCGUUUUGGUUCCUCCCCGUUGUCUUUCUUCCCCCCUUCCGUUGUCGUCUCCCGAAACGCUUGUUCGUUUGUGAAGGUGCGGAUUGGUUUCCUCACGGACCUGUUAGCAGCUGACACGUGGCAGUCACAUGUGCUGCCAUUGGUGGAGCUGGCUGCUGAUUCCCUCCAGGAAGCAAGUCUGUGCGAGGUGGCAGCAGAAGUGGUGGGCGAGAUGGCCAGCCGGCACGAGCCCCUACUCCCGGCCAUCACCCCACGCCUCCUCUCCUCCUUCUCCCAAGCCGCCACCACCCACCCGGACGCCUUCCCUCCCCUCGCCUCGCCUCCCUCCAACACUACUGCUGCUUCUCUGCCUGCGUCAACACUCUCCAGUGCUGCUGGAAAAAGCAGUAUGGAUGAGGAGGAGCGAGAGAGGCUGGUGGCAGCUUUCGCGUCGGCCAUAGCAGAUCUUGGCCUGGCGGGCCCUGCACACAUGCUGCUCUCGCCUCACCUACGUGACCCCUUCGCCACCGCAGCCUUAAGAUGUGCGUCUGUCCGCUCCUCCGAUCAUCGGAUCGCCAUUUCUCUUCUGCCUCUCUGGUCAGGCCUGAGCGAGUUCGUGUCCUCCCACCUCAACCCAUCCUCGCCCUCAUCACCGGUGCUGUCAGCUCAGGACGCAGCAGCUGCACAGGCCAUUCUCCUCGCCGCCCUGCCUCUGUGCCUCUCGCAUGCCAAGCUCAGCACGGGCAGAGUAGGCGGGGGAAUGGCAAGCGAGCAGCAGGAGGAGGAGGAAGAGGAGGAGGAUGAGGCAGAGGCAGCGGUGGAGGAUUAUCGGGAGCAGCUGGAGGAGACGUUGGUGGACGUGAUGAGAGCAGUGGGGGCGGCGAACUACCUCUCAUGUGCGGCACCGGUCCUGCUAGCCUCUCCCACCCCCCAACCGCACCAACUGCUUGCCGACCCUCCAGCACUGGAGCUCCAGCUGUUCGCCUCUGAGGCAGUUGGCCAGGUGGCGGAUUCUGAUAGGCCAGAGGACGCGGCAUGGGCAUGUCAGGUGCUAACAGCAGUGGCUGCCGUUGCCGCUGCUGUUGCUACAGCUCCCCAGCCUUCCAUUCCUCCCCGGUUACAACCGUGGGUGCAUCGAGCAGUGGCAGCCAAUGUGUUGGCGUACCUCUCCUUCCUCCCUCGCGUGCCGACCAUCGUCCCUGCCUUGCUGCAAUCCCUCUCGCAGGGGCUGCUGCCUCCCACAUCACAGCACGCAGCCCCCCCAGGAGGCGCAUCCACACCUGCAACGGGUGGCAGGAGGAUCGGCAGCAGCAGCGGCGGCUGUGGAAGAGCAAGCGAGCAGGCCACGUCGGCGUGUGCUGCUGCGCUCUGCGCCCUGUGUGAGGCACACAAUGCCGAUGAAUCGGAACCUGCUGUUGCUGCAGCUGCAUCAGCGUCGGUGAACGAAGGCUUGGCGGCACAGCUGGUGGCUGUGGGCGAGACUCUACACCUGGCGCGGCUACAGCCGAAGCAGGAGGCUGACGUCAUCACAGCAGUGGCCUCCUCCGUCUCCUCCCUGUCGCCGUCCCACCAGCUGCUGGCACUGCAGCGUCUGCUGCACCCCGUGAUUGCAACCCUGCACGCCUUCUCCUCGCAGCAGGCAUCCAGCAAGAGCUGCUGUGAGGUUGCUGCCUCCCUCACCAGACUGACCAUUCUCUUGGAGCACAUCCACCUACCAUCACCCGAGGUUCAGAGGCAGGACCCCCAACUGCCACAGGACCUGCAGCAGCUGCCCCCCUCGCUACAGUCACACCAAAUGCAAUCACCGGAUCAGCUGCUUCUACAACCAACGGAGACACGUGGAAGAAUCCAAUCGUUCCUGCUCUCUGCCUGCUGGCCACAUUUGCAAUUCCUCCUCUCCCUCACCUCCUCCUCCUCCACUUCCCCCACUCUCGACCGUGAUGCUUUGACCACGGCGGUGGCUGCUGCCGCCCGCUGCCUUGCUCCACUCGCCACGCUCUCAGGCCCAUCCUUCCUCCCCUGCACCGAAUCCGCCCUCACCUCCCUCCAAUCCGCCUUCUCUGCAUCUGGUCAGCCACCCGCCCCUCUCUCCCUCUCUGUCUGCCCACCCAUCCUCCGAGCCUCCGAGACCCUCCUCUCCCUGCAACCGCAACCGCCUGCCACCGCGGAUCAGCUCCAGCUCAUCAUGGCCCACGCCACGUCAGCGCUGGUGUGCUUCGUGUCAGCACCUGCCAGCAUGGCACUCAAGGGUCCCAAGGGCGCGGAGCAGCAUCCAGAGCUCACUGAGUCGCUGCUGCACUUUGCUACGUUUCUGCUCGGCCUUGUUCCUCCAGCUCACCUGGUAAACCACCCCCUUCCCACUCACUCCCUCCCACUCAUAUGGUCCUUCAGCAUCAAAGCGCUCCUCCCUAUGCUCCUCCCACCCGCCCCUCUCCCACCCACCUCUAGCAAGUGGCUGCUGCUGUUGCCCUCCCUCUAUCUCCCAGUGCAACCCGCUCUGCUCCUCCCCUCCCUUCCCUUCCCCUACCUGCAGGCAUCAGACCCCUCCUCACCCGUGCUCCCACCGCUCUCCCACCUCCUACCCUUCCUCACCCGUGCUCCCACCGCUCUCCCACCUCCUGCAAGUAGCAGCUCCUGGCUGCACAGCAGCUCACAGGGGGGUCUCUGCCUCCUCCUUCGCCUUCCUCUCAGCCCUGAUGACUGCAGGGAUACAGCAGGCCGGGGCUCUUUUGUUACAGUCACAGUCACAGCCACAGCCACAGCCACAGCAGGGGAUGCCUCCUCUGGUGCAGCUCUGCACGGCACACGGCGCUCUGCUCUCCCACACUCUCGUCGCUGCCCUGCUGGGUCCGAGCGCUGUUUCACGGGUACGUGCCACUGUGCCCUUGUGCCACCACCACUCCCACUGCCACUGCCUUGCAGCCACAGUCACCCUUGCUCACAGGCACAGCAGCAGGGGGUGCCUCCCCUGGUGCAUCUCGGCACGGCUCACGGCGCUCUGCUCUCCCACACUCUCGUCGCUGCUCUGCUGGGCCCAAGCGCUGUUUCACGGGUAUGGCUACACGUGUGCAAAGAAAGCCUAUGCCCCCCUUUCAUGCCCCCCUUUCAUGCCCCCCUUUCAUGCCCCCCUUUCAUGCCCCCCUUUCAUGCCCCCCUUUCAUGCCCCCCUUUCAUGCCCCCCUUUCAUGCCCCCCUUUCAUGCCCCCCUUUCAUGCCCCCCUUUCAUGCCCCCCUUUCAUGCCCCCCUUUCAUGCCCCCCUUUCAUGCCCCCCUUUCAUGCCCCCCUUUCAUGCCCCCCUUUCAUGCCCCCCUUUCAUGCCCCCCUUUCAUGCCCCCCUUUCAUGCCCCCCUUUCAUGCCCCCCUUUCAUGCCCCCCUUUCAUGCCCCCCUUUCAUGCCCCCCUUUCAUGCCCCCCUUUCAUGCCCCCCUUUCAUGCCCCCCUUUCAUGCCCCCCUUUCAUGCCCCCCUUUCAUGCCCCCCUCUCCCUCUGCUCACGUAUGUAGCAGGCGCACAAUUGUGCUCAAGUGUGUGGGUCUACUGCAGCAACUCUUCCACGUGUGCUGCCAUGCCACUCCAGCAGCCAGUUCCUCCCACACACAGGGAAGCACACCUGGGUCAGCAGAAGCUGAAGCUGCAUGUCUUCCCCUCCUCCCUCUCUCCUCCCAUACCCUCCCACCCCACCAGGUGCACAAGUGUGUGGGUCUGCUGCAGCAACUCUUCCACGUGUGCUGCUGUGCAGCUCGAGAAGUUGGUUCCUCCCACACACAGGGAAGCACGCCUGGGUCAGCAGAAGCUGAAGCUGCAGCAGCAGCGGCGGCAGUACAGGCAGCACUGCCCCCAAUGCACCAAUGGCUUGUGGCAGCGGUGGGUGUCCGUGUGGCUGGGUGGGUGGCUGGGUGGGUGGCUGGGUGGGUGGCUGGGUGGGUGGCUGGUGCAGGCAGCAGUGGCAGUGCAGGCAGCAGUGGCAGUGCAGGCAGCAGUGGCAGUGCAGGCAGCACUGGCCCUGCCUGACUCAUCAGUGGCAGUGCAGGCAGCACUGGGUGGCUGA